AUGGGAAAUUGGGGAACCCAAAAAAUUGGUAUUUUAGUUUGCAUAAAACGACGUAGUCCUGAAAAACCCGGUUCAAUUCGUGCUAACACUGUAUCGCCUUCUCACUUCGUGUUCUCAGACUGGUCUUCCUUGUUUCGUGUUCUUGCUUUACUUUAUUGCCAGUUGCGUUGGAAAAGUUUUGCAUUUUCGAUGAUUGUCCCGUUAAAAAAUCAACUUCUUUCCAUUCCAAAAUCAAUUCGAUUCUACCUUAUUCAAUCCAUUUUGCACCUAAAUUCUCUUCGAGAACUUCGAACAAUAACCGUUCAUCCUCAUGCUCGUAGAAGGAACAGUGAAGAUGGCAAGAAAAUUAGAAAUGCGGAGAACGAUAUGGAAGGGAAUUUGUAUCUGUACAAAAGCAAAGGCCAACAUCUCCUUACUAAUCCACGAGUUCUGGAUACAAUUGUUCGUAUAUCUCAAAUAAAGUCCACUGACACUGUCCUAGAGAUCGGACCGGGCACGGGUAAUCUUACUAUCAGGCUUCUCGAGGUCGCCAAGAAGGUUGUUGCUGUUGAAAUUGACAAGCGAAUGGUGGAGAUUCUUUGUAAACGGGUUUCUGAGCAUGGCCUUCAUGAAAAGCUUGACAUUUUGUGCGGGGAUGCAUUAAAGGCCAAGUUUCCGCAGUUUGAUCUCGUUGUGGCAAACAUUCCGUAUGGAAUAUCAUCCCCUCUUGUGACUAAACUGGUGUAUGGAGCUAACCCUUUUCGAAGUCUCACACUUCUGCUUCAGAAAGAGUUUGCUCGGCGAUUAUUAGCUAAUCCUGGUGACUCGGAGUACAACAGAUUGGCUGUAAAUGUGAAGUUGGCUGCGAAAGUUGAGUUUGUGAUGGAUGUAAGCAAGCGGGAUUUUCUUCCGUGUCCAAAGGUUGAUUCUUCUGUGGUAAUAAUCCGCCCCAAAGCUGAAAUCCCUAGCGUGAACCUUGAUGAAUGGUGGGCUUUCACAAGGACCUGCUUUAGCAAUAAAAAUAAGACCUUGGCAGCAAUUUUUAAGCAGAAGAAAAAGGUCAUGGAGCUAAUUAGAUUAUCUAAGAUGAGGGGCUUCCAUGGUGAAUAUGGGAUCACAAGCAGAUACUAUGAUUUUGCUGCUGCUGAAGAAGAAGAAGAAGAAGAAGAAGAAGAAGAAACGAGCCAUGAACAAAGCUGCCAUCCGUGUUCUGGCUCUGAAAAGGAUUUGAGUUCUUACAAGGAGAGGAUUAAUAAAGUUCUAAAAGCUAAUGGCUUUGAAAGUAAGAGACCUUCAAAACUGCCUAAUGAGGAGUUACUGAAUUUGCUUUCUUUGCUUAAUCAGGCUGGAAUAUAUUUUCAUGGCCGAACAAGGCCAGGGAAUGCUGAAAAUGAAGCACUUCCUGCUGCUGUAACGGGAGAAUUUUAAAGUUGAGAUUUUGUUAUCCAACUUAAUUUUUUUAAAUGAUAUGAGAUUUUAAUUUAAACUAA